AUGCGUUUCUUCGAGAUUGCUACUGCGGCGCUUACUGCUGCCUCCACUGCCUACGCCAGCCCCAUCGAGAAGCGUGCUGCAAAGGUUGACGAGCUUGUUGGUUUCGCGGCCGGCACCACGGGAGGAGGUUCAGGGGCUGGUACCACUGUCGCCUCUUGCGCCGAGUUGACUGCUGCUGCGAAAGUAGGUGGCGUGAUCAAGGUCAAGGGUGCGCUCACUGGCUGCGGUAUCAUCAAGCUUGUUGACAACACCUCUAUUCUCGGUGUCGGAACCAACGCCGGCUUGACUGACAGUGGAUUCCAAGUCCGCAAGGUCACCAAUGUCAUCAUCCGCAACUUGAAGCUCUACAGAGCGCCCGAGGGCAAGGAUCUCAUCGACAUUGACGAGUCCACCAAAAUCUGGAUUGACCACAACGACUUCUCAUCCGUUGGUGUCGUCGGUGACAAGGACACCUACGACGGUCUGCUCGACGCCAAGCAUGGUUCUGAUUUCCUGACCUUCUCCUGGAACAAGUUCCACGACCACUGGAAGGGUUCCCUCAUUGGUCACAGCGACAACAAUGCCGCCCAGGACACUGGCAAGCUCCACCUCACCUACCACCACAACUCCUUCGCGAAGGUCAACUCGCGUCUUCCUUCCGUCCGCUUUGGUACCGUCCAUAUCUACAACGCCUGCGUCAACGGCGGUAUUUCUGGUGUCAACUCUCGCAUGGGCGCUCAGGUCUUUGUCGAGUCCUCUUCCUUCACCAACACCGCCAACGCCAUCGUCACCAACCUUGACUCUGACUUGGAGGGCUUUGCCAACGAGAAGAACAACGUUUACACCAACAGCACUACCCAAAUCACGCAGAAGGGUACCUGGACUCCUACUUACAGCUACACGGUUGAUGCUGCUGCCAGUGCUUGCAGCAUCGUCACGGCAAGCGCUGGUGUUGGUGUCGUCACCUUUUAA